GGUCAUCUGUCAAAAUUCUGACAUUACAUGGGCAUUACCACGGUUGUCAAUAUACGUGGCUGCACAAUUUUUAAUGUUUUUCGCCGAAAAAUAUAGUAAAUUAGCUUAAUUCUGGUCUAUUAAGGCUGUGCAAUAACAAUGGGGCUGUGCAAAUGCCCCAAGAGGCGCGUUACCAACCAGUUUUGCUUUGAACAUCGAGUGUGCGUUUGUGAGAAUUGUAUGGUAACCAAUCAUCCCAUUUGUGUGGUACAAUCAUAUCUACAAUGGCUACAAGACAGCGAUUACAAUUCGAUUUGCGAGAUAUGUUCCAAGGACUUAAAUACAGAGGAUAGCAUAAGGCUGACUUGUUAUCAUGUCUUUCAUUGGUCGUGUUUGGAUCAUUAUUCAAGACAACUGCCCCCAACUACGGCGCCUCGAGGAUAUACGUGCCCAUCAUGCAAAAGUCCCUUAUUUCCUGCUCCAAACUUAAUAAGCCCCGUUGCAGAUGUUUUAAAAGAGAAAUUGGCUGGUGUAAAUUGGGCUAGAGCAGGUCUAGGACUUCCCCUUUUGUCAGAAGAAAGAGAGGUUAAAUCGAUAGUUAAUCAUGUUAAUUCAUCAGUAAAUCAGGAUUUACGUUCCACACCAAGCCCUUCACAUUCAGUGGUUAACGUAGAUGAUCAUGGUGCAUUUAAUAGAAUAGAUAGUUAUCAUGGAGUGUCAUCAAACAGAAAAACAUUUCAAGACAUACGAGAAGUUAAACCUUCAAGUUUUGAUCAUGAUGAUGAUAAAUACAAACGCCGACCAAUUUUUGAGCUUGUUACAACUUGGUGGAAAAUAACUUUUGGGGCCCCACUGAGGUCAAGAGGAAGAUCAAAAUACAGAAGAUACUGCAUGUUCGGAACACUUCUUAUACUAGGAGUCAUCUUUUUCUUGUAUUUUAUGUCGAAAUUAGGAAGAUACUCUGCCGAUAACGAUCCAAAUUUAGAUGAGAUACAUAAUCCCUUUGUUAAAAAUCAGGAAAGUUAAAAUGAGAUUUUUCUUGUCAUGUAUAAUUGUUAAAUUUUAAGGUAAUAAUUAAUAUUUUGUUUUAUAAUUUAUUUUAGUGUUAUUGAUUAAGGAACAUUGCUUUAUACAUAUAGUAAAUAAAUAAGUUCUAAUUCUA